AUGUGGCCCUUACGCGGUGGCCGCCAUAGGCGUCCAGGAAUCGCUCUGGUGCUUCUUGCAUUUCAGAUGGCCCAAGCUGGAUUUCAGAACAUCCCGCCCGUUACCUUGGCAACCCUGGCUGCCAACGUGGCCAUCUUCCUGCGGCUGUUCCGUGGUUUCCGCUACCCCAAACUCGGGGAGGUGUGUGUGAGCGUGGUCCACGUGUGGUACCAAGGGGACUGGAAGAGGCUGAUCUACUCUGCGUUCUUCCAUGCUGACGAGUGGCAUCUGUACUACAACAUGGCUUCCUUCAUGUGGAAGGGCAUCACGUUAGAGCGCAGACUGGGUAGUGCCCGGUUCCUGUACCUGCUGACAGUGUUCACGGUCUGUACCCACUCCCUCCUGCUGGGGCUCAACUACUCCAUGGGCCACUUCUUCCACCAGUCCUCGUAUCUAGCUGACUGUGCUGUAGGCUUCUCAGGGGUAAUUUUUGCGCUGAAAGUGCUGACCACACACUACCUCCCUCCUGGGAUGACCUACGUCAUGGGAUGGUUCCCUGUGCCCCGCAGAAUUGCAUGCUGGGUAGAGCUGGUGGUCAUACAGAUCCUGAUCCCCCGUGCGUCGUUCAUGGGCCACCUGUCAGGGAUACUGGUGGGUCUGCUGUACACCAGCGGGCCUCUCAGGGCCAUCAUGGACCUGCCGUUUGGAGGUUGGACCAGACAUCGUUACUAUGAUGAUUAUGGAGCUCCAGAACCCAGACACACCCGGCAACAGUCCUACACCUAUCAUGCAGGUGCCACAGGAUAUCGGGCUCCAGGAGGGACGGGGCUAACAGAGGAGGAGGAACUCCAGGCAGCCAUGCAGCAGAGUCUGCAGGAGUAUGAACAACAGGCUACACGGGCCGCCAUUCAGGAGAGUGUCAGAGAUACAGGUUUUGGUGACGGCAGGCAGCCUAGUGCCCCUCCCAUCCACACAGCGUUUGAGGGAGCCACUCCUACUGCACCCAUGUCAGACCUGGAAGAGCUACGGCAGCGCAGGUUAACUAGACUGGAUCAGCUGCACAGAUGACACCUGCAGCAGCUGCACAGAUGACACCUGCAGCAGCUGCACAGAUGACACCUGCAGCAGCUGCACAGAUGACACCUGCAGCAUCCUCUGCUACAAGGAAAAGCUACCUGCCAAUCACACUGCCUUUUACAGUCAACAGGCAAUGUGAUUGGCCUGAGGCUGCUAAAAGGAAAAGCUAUUAGCCAAUCACAUUGCUUUUUACAGUCAAGAGGCAACAUGAUUGACUGAUAACAUUUCCUCCUAGUCCAACCACAUGUAGCGGAAUAUCUGAUUGGAUGACCAGACUUGAGCAACUGAAAUAAAGCUAGCAAUGUAGCAAUAUUAUUUAUUCACUCAGAGUAGUUGUGUGCUAUAGUUCUUGGUCGCUAAAUCAUAUAUCAAGCACGUACAUUGUAUCAAUAUCGUUUUACAAUUGCACUAUGUAACAAAUUUUCUAAUUCAUGUGAAUUUACUUGAAUAUUUCUCUCCAUCCAAAAGUUUAAAAUCUGAAACAAGAGAUGUAAUCUUUUGACUAGUUUAUCAUGAGAAAGGGAAAUUAUAUUUCCUGGGGAAAAUUAACAGCCAAAUUGGAAAUUAUUAUUGUUGCAUCUAACCACAUACUAGUAAGUGCCAGUGUGCAUUUUAUGGUUUUUCAAACUUUGUAUCAAAGAAAGAACCUUAAAUAUUUUAUUUCAUGACAUACUCCUUUUAUCUUUGGCAAAGUUAUAGCUACAGCUUUUGUGUUUGAAUCAUGAUAUUCUUUCUUUUUUGUGUUUGAAUUCUAAUAUUCUUUUGUAUCACAACAGAGCAGCUUUUAAACCAAUGCAGUAAUAUACGUAAAACUUGAUUUAAAUGGAAAUAAAGUCCAGAAUAUUGUACAUUUUUACUUGUUGUUUUUAUCAUUUGAAGAGAGCAAUCCUGGUACAUGUGUUUCCACUGUACAAGUUUUGCUCCCUCGCACAAUUUCACCCAAUUUGCCCUUGCUUUUACCACUCUUGUAGCUAUGUAAAAAGAGAGACAAAAGAAGACACAAGACAAGUGAUACUUGCAAAAUGAAGCUGGCUCCAUACCAGGAUGGCACCAGCUCCAUUUACUGUUAUUAACUGCCUCUCACAUGAACGGCCAUGUAUACAGAAAAAUGGUAACUUGCAUAGAACAAAUCUUAAAGGACAUCCUACCAGCACGUAUACACCACUUGUUUUUAGCUCUACAAUCCACAAACACUGGUUGUAAAGCAAUUCGUGAUGAUCCUAUAUAAAAUUUUGGCUGACAGUUCCCGUUGUACGUACAGUUCAACUGUUGUCAUCUUUGGCAUUCUUGACCAAAUAACUUUUUCUACUGAAUCCGAGAAAUUUGUCAUUUUAACGAAGUUACCACUUCAUCGAGUUAUUCAGCUAGUGACUACAAAAUCUACAGAUACAACGCUCGAGUCACCCAACCCUCUCCUCCCUACGCAAUGGUUUGUUCCACUAAUUUACACAUUUUUGAGGCACUAUUUAGGCCAGAAUUUGGACAGUUUGAUUAUCAGAACAGGGAGGGUCAGGUUAUAGGAGCAACAAUACAUCUCAAGUUGUAACACCGUAAUAUCAUAAUAACAUCACUGGAACAUUUUCACUUUGAAAAAAAAAUUAUUAUAAAAAAUAUCCACACUUAGUUGCUGAAGACUCUUGUACAUGUACAUUUUUUAAACAUACUAGUAUAUAAUACAGGCCAAAACGGCAAAAAGUGCAAGCAAAACCUUGCAAAUAUACCUUGUACAUGUCCAUUUUUUUUUUUAACUUCCCAAGAGUCUGAAAAGUUUACCUGAUUGCUAAAAUGGCCCAGUGACGUCCAUCAACAUACAUACAAAACUUAAAACACCUUUACCUAACUAAAAACCAUAGUGUUACGGUAACAAUAUUGCUUGUAGUAAAUUCGUCAAUGUGGAGAGUUGGCUCAUCUCUGGAAGGAAGGUACAGAGUAUGUCACAUGUCAUGUUUGAAUUGGGUCUUGGAUACCAAUACUGUUAGAGAAUUCUGGCUCUCCUAAACAAGAAGUUAUAAAAUGUACAUCUUUGCUGGAAACACAAGCAUACCCUUUUCAGGUAUGCCCUAGUUUUGUCAAACAGUAGCCUCCAUUCCAGAGCUGAAUGCUUAUGAGCACUAAGUAUCGUAUAAGUACAAUAGCCAUACCAAUCCUUCCUCUUGGUUCUAGGCAAAAAGAGAAACAGUCCAAAUUUGUACAGUAGAUAUAAAAUUAUAAUAACAAUUAGUAUUGACAGGAUAUGUAUAUAAGUAACAUAAAUGCUUGACUUUUCUCUUAAUUUACUAUUCCACUCAAGCUGACAAAUGUUAGAACCAAGAAAAAAAUUGGUGUGCCAAAAGAAAACAGCAUAUGCAGCACUAUUUGUAAAUUGUAGACACCAAAAGUUCACAGUAAUAAGCGUAUAGUAACUAUAUCUGGCAGCAUCUAAUGAUAUUGAUAGGGUUAGCUGUAACUGUCAGGCUAUUGGGCACAUUGGACCAUCUAAUCACAAAGGCUGUGAUUGGCCAGUUUAAACGUCACAUCAUCGAAACUGACCAAUCAGGAACCAGCAUAAAACAAAUGUUACAUGUGAUAAUUUGGUAACAGUUAGCCCUUUGUAAACAAAUUUUUCUGAUUAAAUUAUUCACCAUAUUUAUGGAUGAGUUAUUUCAAACUUAUUCUUGCUUGAUAUACAACCAAACUGCACCUUUGGAGUGGCUUCUGAGAAUACAGCAAAUGAUCGAAGAAUAGAGCUUGUGCAUUUAGUAAUUUUUACUUUUAGGACCCUCCUAAACAUCACCUUAAUAUGAAUUCAUACCAAUAAAUAUGUGCUCAACUUAGAUUAACAGCAAACAAGUUCUAUUCAACACCCUGUGUCAAUAUGAAGACUCACACAUUAUUUAGAAUAUGGUACUUUUUCCAUUUAGAUUACUUCUAGCUUUGUUUACAAUAUGUUUUCCUCUAGUAUACUAGUAUAUUUGUUCUGAAAAUUAAGACUGUUGUGAGUUAUACAGGAAACAAUUUUGUGUCUGGAAAAUACAUGGUGUGUACAACCAGAGCUUGACUGGAAGCACACAAUGUUGCCAAGUAUUCAGUAUUCAGCCAUCUA